ACGUGUGUGGCGGAAGAAGACUUCGAUCCGGAAGGGAGGAAGUCUUUAAUUAAUGGAAUGACCCGGACACGAGUGUAGCAUUGACGCACGUCAAUGUUGACUUAGAUGGCGGCGGAUAAGUUAGUCAUAUAGGCUGCCUCUGUUACGUUAACCCUCCAUCAAAAUUGCAUGUUUGUUUCUGUAUACUAUGCAAGCAAUUUCUCCCUCUGAACUACUAUAGAUUUUUUCCCAUCAAAAGGAGAUGUCCAGUGGCCUUGUUACUGGUUUGAUCGCUAGACAUAAGCUCAUGAAGAUCGUAUACAACUGCCCAUCAUCUUGCUCUGCUUUUUCUUUAGCGUCUUGGGUUUCUGCCAAGGUUUAUGCAAUUGCGUGCAAGCUAUUCUGUGCGAUCUUGACGUUCGUGUUUGCAGUAGCUGGCACAACAUUGGGAGCCUAUGCUGGUGCAGUUGUGGGCCUAAAGUCUAAAAGCAGCUUACUUCAUGGAGCCGCAGUUGGAGCCAUCAUGGGGUGCAUACUUUCCAUUGAAAUUUUUAGAAAAUCAUUCGUUCUCUGGGAUUCUGAUGAUUGGGCAAUUGACACCUUCAUUCAUAUCAUUCAAACAGGUUCAAACAUCUUGAAUGAAAGAAUAGAAAGGCUUAGUUCAACCACAGUUUGCAGCAAUGGAUUAUCGAUGCUGAAAAUUCAAAAUAAGAGACUUGCAAACAAAAACUUUGUGGGUACCUCAUGGAGUGGACCUUCCUGUCCAAUCUGCCUACAGGACUUCCAACUGGGGGAAAUGGUUUGCAGCUUGCCGGGGUGCCGCCACACAUUUCAUCCACAUUGCAUUGGUCAGUGGUUUAUUGGACACAGUUCUUGCCCAUUGUGCAGGAGAAUACCAUUUUUGGUGGAGAAUGUGGAUUGUGCUACUUAAGAACAAAAAUUGUUCACUCCAUUUUGUUAAAAAAAAAUAGAAGAUAAAAUACUCUCAAUGUAUUGAAUAAAUAAACAGCGAGUCUUUAAAUAGGUUGUACAGUAAUAAAAAAAUAGUAAUAUAAUAAC